AAACAAAUAUAAUACUGAUUACUGUGGUCUGUAAUCGUAAGAAUAGGUUGUUAACGUUUUUUUACUUUGUGGAAUCCAUACGAUUUUUAUAAACAAAAAAUAACAUUGUUCAUAAUGGCUAAAAUUGUAGGUAUCGUCUCCAAGUUUUAUGAUGACUACGUAAAGACUACGUCGAAAAAAUUGAAAAUAAUCGACGCUUAUUUAUUAUACAUAAUGUUAACCGGAAUUGUACAAUUUUCCUACUGCUGUCUUGUCGGGACGUUUCCGUUUAAUUCAUUCCUUAGCGGAUUUAUUUCAUCAGUCAGUAGCUUUGUUCUUGGUGUGUGUUUGCGAUUACAAGCUAACCCACAAAACAAAUCUCAAUUCAGCGAUAUCAGUCCAGAACGUGGGUUUGCCGAUUUUAUUUUUGCACAUGUUGUACUACAUCUAACAAUUAUGAAUUUCAUUGGGUAGAAAAAGGAUUAAAUUACAAUUUGAAUUAAUAAUAUCGUUUUUUCUCACUUACGUGUUAUGUUCAUAAUUAAAUAAAAUACUAAAAUAUUAAAUUAAUAAAUCUGUAGACUACUUAUUUAUGUACUAUAUUUAUUUUUAUAUACAUGUUUUCAUAAAAAAAAAAAUAGUUUCACUUUUAUUACAUUUUUUUUAUGCUCACUUAAGUUUAAACUAAAAAUUAUAAUAUGUAUUCUUAAAAUUAGAAAUGUAAAAUUAUAAUAUUUGUUACAAUGAUUUACAAUUUGACUAGGAAUAGUUGUAAAAACAUAACAAAGAUUUGUUUGAUGAUAAAAAUAAAUUGUUAACAGAUUGUUAAAAAACGUUAUACAAUUUUUAAGGUGAUGUAAUUUCAUUUUAUAGUUACAUAAUAUAUAAGUGUUCAGUAUACAUUUCUAUAAUAAUGAAAAAACUGCUUGAAUUUAUAAUUAUACACAUAUUUUGUCUUUUUUUUAUUUAGAACUAAUUUUUGUAAUAUGUUACAAAUCACAAGUGGUUCAGAAUAUCAUAUAUUAUAUAUAUUUAUAAAAUGAUAAUGAAUUAAUAAAUGUAUUGUUCUUAUGUUUAGAGCACACCUUUGCUCACAUAUAAAAGUUGUAAUGAACAAAUAUUUUGGAUAUUUUAAAAAAUAACCAUCGGUCAAUAUUUAAAUCUUUUUUUGUACAAAUUGAACAGCAGUUUUUAAUUUAAGAAAUAUUUUUCUUUUUUUAUUAUUUAAUAAUAAUAAUAAUUUGAAAAAUAGUGUAUAUUUAUAACGAGAUACACAUUAAAGUUAAAUAAAUUAUAUACAGGUAAUUCAUAUUUUAUUACCUCAAAAUUUUAAUCAACUGAUAUUUUCUUACAAGGCGGAGUGGGACAAUAUUACUGCCAUUUAAAAUAUAUUUCUCUUUACUACCAAAUUGUAUAAAAUGAUCAAGCAGAACAGGAACUAAAGGCCGAAUUUUGAGAUUAUUAAAAAAAUUACCCGUAACUUGAAUGUAAUAAUAUAUCAUGUGAAAUUUGUUUUACUUUUAAACAACUAACAGCAUAUGGGUAUUUACUAUUUAAUCACAGUCUUAAUAUCUUUAAAAAAUCUCCAUUUAAUGAUCCAGUCUAGAUGAGGCAUUGGGAUGAUCUUCUCUGUUCAUGUAUCUUUGUCUGGCGCUCAUGAUCAUUUGCUGUUUCCUAGCUUUUAACAUAUGUUCCCUUUCAUCGGGUGACUUGGAGAACUGGCUUCCCACUUUUGGGUCUAUUACAGGCUCAUUUGAACUCAAAAUAAACCUAAUAGUUGAUUGUACCACAUAAUUAAUGAUUGAUUUAGAAAAAUAAAAUAAGUAUAAACAUGAAAUACCUUGUUGGAGGUGUUGUAUUAGUUAUAUAUUGUUCAACUGUAUUAACUGCAGGAAUUGUCUCAAUUAAAGGCUCUUCCUCAACAAAUUGUUGUGGCGAAACAAGCCUACCUUCUAAUA